AUGUCUGACACAGAAGAGGUCAUGGACGAGGAAACUCAGGAGGAAGAAGAUGACUCAAAGCCGAAGCCAAAAUUCAUGUCAAACAUUGCCGCCCCAAAGAUCCCUGAUGGCGAGAAAGUGGAUUUUGAUGACAUCCACAGGAAACGUCAGGAGAAAGAUCUGUCAGAGUUGCAAUCGCUCAUCGAGGCUCACUUCAUCCAGAGAAAGAAGGAGGAAGAGGAGCUCGUCGCCCUUGUCAACAGAAUUGAGAAGCGCCGUGCCGAGAGGGCUGAGCAGCAAAGGAUCCGGGCCGAGAGGGAGAAGGAGAGGCAGGCCAGGCUUGCUGAAGAGAAGGAGCGCAGGGAGCAGGAGGAGCAGAGAAAGAAGUACGAUGAAGACGCCAAGAAGAAGAAGGUCCUCUCCACCAUGACCCAGCAGUAUGGCGCCGGACAGAAGAGCGAAAAGAAAGGCAAAAAGCAGACAGAGAGAGAGAAGAAGAAGAAGAUUCUGGCUGAGCGCAGGAAGCCGCUCAACAUCGACCACUUGAGUGACGACAAACUCAAGGAGAAGGCUAACGAGUUGUGGCAGUGGCUGAUGCAAUUGGAGACGGAGAAGUACGACCUUAACGACAAAUUCAAAAGGCAGAAGAGUGAUAUCAACCUGCUCCUUGUCCGAGUGCAGGAUCACCAGAGUGCCAAGGGUCGUGGCAAGGGCAAGAUGGGAGCUCGGCUGAGGUAGAGUGGACAUCCCUCAGACCUCCACCCAAGCCAGGGGCAUCGUUGUACCUCUAUUCAUACUUCUUAUCAAUAAACGGGCAUCUACUCCAUGUGCAACAAGAGGUUUUGUUUAUGUGUCAACACAUGACAUGGUAACUCAAAAGGGUGGCAAACAUACAAGCAUUUCUUACUGUACUGUACUGUGCAUGGCAGAAAGUUGACACAAACCUGAAUGAUAUGUUGGUCUUUAGUGCAAUACAGUGUCUGUGUGUGUGAAACAAAUGAAUAAACUAUAGUGUAAUUUGGAAGAUGUCAGUUUUUG